CAGCUUGGCCGGCUACUGCGCGGGAACAACUCGCUUGUCUUUGGGCGCCAUCUGGCGACGACUGGCAAGGGAGGAACUCUCAAGGAGAAUGCGUGCGGAUGGUCGCUGUACCAUCACAGCGAGGAGACAAUCCGGGAGAUCUGGGAGACGGAUCCUCACGGGAAAUGGGAUGUGUCUUCGGAGCUGAUCCCAUAUGGAUCGGAAUCCUGGGAUAACGGGGUUAAAUGGAACGGAGGUGAUCAGAUUAAGCAGCAGCGGUUUGUUGCGCGGAGGGUAUAGAGUAUUCUCUUGAAGCUGCGAUGCGGAUGUAAUACCAGAUAUGGAAAUAGAUAUCCCGGUCUGACGCUGGUGGUGAUAUAUAAACGCAGUCUGUACGCAGUUAUACACUUGCUGGUUAUUACACAGAAUAUUGCUGGUAGAGCAUGGCCGAAUUCGCGAAAUACUCUGAAACAAGCCCUCAAUGGACCCAGUUUGUUGCGUCCAAUCCCCAACUCACCAAUCUCGACCGCGUCGGUAUAGUCGAGCGGAAGCGCAUCUUCAUUGAUAUCGAAGCAAAUAACCCACCACGACAAAUUCCAGAUGAUAUCGAUAUCACCGAUCAGUCAGUCAAGGUAACGAACUUCACGAUCGCCGCUCGGGAUGGCUAUGAAAUUCCCGUGCGGAGCUAUGUCGCCACAGCGGACCGGCCAGCAACCCGUGGGCGCCCUCUCCUCAUCUACCUCCAUGCAGGGGGAUUCCUGUUUGGAGACCUGGACAGUGGCGACCUGAACUGCCGCGUCCUCGCGGUCAAGUUGAACAUCGCUGUCCUGAACGUGGGGUACCGGCUUGCUCCCAAGUGGCCGUUUCCGCAUGGCGUGAAUGACAGCUAUGAUGCCACAGAAUGGGCCGCUGCAAAUGCAGAGACCCAUCUUGAUGCGUCUCCUGCAACGGCCGGCUUCCUCGUCGGGGGCAUUUCGUCAGGAGCCAACUUUGCCGGCGUCAUCGCAUACACUGCGCGCGAUGCAGGUCUCUCACCACCCAUUACAGGCCUUUUUAUCUCCAUUCCUGUCUGUCUCAUGCCACAGGCGUACCCUCUCACGCCGCCAGAGUGGACAGAGAAGUAUCUCCUCAGCUUAGAGCAGAAUGCCGAGAACCCAUUACUAACCCGUAAAUCGCUGACCGAUAUCCAAGAGAUAUACGGCUGCGACCCCGGGGAUCCCCGUAUUUCGUUCCUCUUGAACAAGGAUCACUCGGGGCUGCCGGGCCGUGCUUAUUUCCAGAUCUGCGGACGGGACCCUCUGCGUGACGAAGCGUUUCUGUGGCAAAGACUGUUGGAGAAGGAUUCCGGGACACGGAGCAAGAUCCACCUCUAUUCAGGGCAACCGCAUGGGUUCUGGAGAUUUCUGCAUAUGGAUGUGAGCCAGCGCUGGUUGGCGGAUGUCGUGGAGGGGAUUGGCUUUUUGUGUGCAGCCAAGGAGCCCAGUCAGCAGACGGAGCUGAUUGUCAAGCUCUAGCCAGGUCUAGCCUCGAAUGAACUUGCCUUGUCACGGAUAUAGUCAUAUUAAACAUUCUGGCGUGCCCCAUAACGCAACCAUGGGGUACCACCCCAUUCCUGGUGACGCGGUGUCUGUCGGCACGGCCCGGUGGCAUCAGCAAUUGAAGGCAUAUCAACGGGGCAGAUGGCGUUCUUGAAGGAUCAGGAUCUGCCUCGCAAAGAAUUUAUGCGCGGCAGGCGGGCGAACCGAGCCUGC